UCUUCCUGUCAACAUAACUGCUAAUCACCCUCAGCAUAAUUAAUGUGUAGUAGCAUACCGUGCUUAUUGCAGAGAUGGCAAACCUGGGGAUCCUGAACAGCUGAAGUGCAGUCCUCAUGGCUGGGCCAUUUUACAUGACUAGCAGAAGAAAUGGGUUGGUGCAGAGACCACAGGAGAUCCUUAGUCUCUCUUUGUUGGAGGAAGUGAGUUGACAGGAUCUCAUCUGGGAAGCCGUCUAUUCCCUGAAGGAGUCUGUACACUGGAUCUGAAAUCGUUCCCUCCGUUGGAUCUCUGAGGGUCACUCUGGAGGAAACACAGGGCCCCUUCUGCAGGGACAAGAACAAAGCGAUAGUUCAGCUCUUCUGAGACUGGUUCAAGGUGUGCGAGAGCUGUUAGCUUGAAGUUCUCUCCAAGAUGCUGUUACUGCUGCUGCUGCAGAUCUCAGGGAGCUGCCUCUGGCUGGGACGCUGUGAGGUGGUAACAUCAUUUGAAAGUUCAUGCCCUCAGUUUUUCUUCAAGGAAACCCCCCCGAAUGAAGCCCUGGAACCAAACAGUCCAGCCCGAAUUUGCCAACGUUACCAAAACCAGUAUUACUUUGCUACCCUGUAUGACAAGGACAGGCGUAUUCCCGUAUACUCUGCUUACCUGUACCAGCCUGGACCUGGCAAGAGACCUAAAACUUGGAUGGUUGAGCCGCAGCUGAUUGGUUCGGUUUAUCCCAGCACAAUGGAAAGAGAGUGGACCCUCUUAAAGUAUUUCAACGUCACCUCAGAGCAACUCAGCAUGAACCAGGCUGUCCUCAAAGAUUACAAGAACCUGACAGGUUUGAAUCGUGGCCAUUUGAACCCUAGUGGCCAUCACCCCGACAACAGAAGCAGGACAGCUACCUUCACCCUCACCAACAUAGUUCCCCAGAAUGAAAAACUCAACAGCGGGGCCUGGAAAAACUACGAGCAGCAAACUAUGAUCAAGGAGACACAGGGCUGUGAUACCACCUACGUCAUUGUGGGUGCCGUGCCUGGGAACAACUAUAUUGCCAAUGGGCGGGUUAAUAAACCCAGCCACCUCUGGUCCGGUGUCUGCUGUGAGCUAGACAACAAUAAGAGGAAGGCCUGGGCUGUCAUUGCAGAGAACGACAGGGACAACAUCCAGCUCAUCACGCUAGGAGAGCUGGAGGAAACACUGAUCAAGCUCUACGGGAGGGACCAGGUUUCUCUGUUUGACAGAGACUGUCCCCGAGAAUAAACCCCACUUCACAUCCCUGGCUACAAAAGGCUUGGAAACCUUUGCCGCUAGCAACCCCGCCACAUGCACUGUGCACCGGCUGUCUUGCUUUCUUCGUCAGCAGCUUUCCUGGCUCUAUCUCUUGGAGCAUCUUCUCCUCUGUUAAAAGGGAGAAAGAAGUCAGCAGAGGCGCCAGCCUUUUUCUUCCUUUCCCUGUUGCCAGCCCUCGCAGGGAGCUUUUCUGAGAGGUUUCCAGGAGGAGUCCCUAGCUGGGCCGCUCCAGAGGAGUGGUCUGAAUAGCAGCUUAUAGGCAAGGAAAUCAGAGCUUGUCACUAAUAAAGCUAGAGAGGCUUUACCUUUUUUACUUUUCUUCUCUGCCUAUAUACAGAUUGUAAUUCCUUCCUCCCCUCAUUCGACAUCACUGAUGGUUUGUUGCUGACUUACCACCUCAAAAAGAGUGUGGGACUUCAUUCUGGGAAAAGGAAGCCAAAGAGCCAGAGGACAGCUGAUAAGUAUAAGGAUUAUCCUAGAAAUACAUUCUAUAAAGGCAGGUGUAGUCAAUGACAACAGAAAAGGAGAAAGGGAGAGAGAAAGAGACGGAAAGAAGGAGGGGAACGAAGCACACAAAAAGUAUCCCAGCUAUCUGUAGAUAGGUAAAACAAGGAGAAAGAAGGAAAUAACCUAGAUCUAAUUGCUAGGCUCCCUACCCCUGAGCUUACAUGAAUCACAGAAUCACAGACUCGUUUAGGUUGGAAGGGACCUCUGGAGAUCAUCUAGUCCAACCUCCCUGCUCAAGCAGGGACCUCUAGAGCGUAAGACUGUGCUUAUGUAAAUUUAUUAGCAGGUUUUUGUUUGCUUGCUUUUGGACCACGCAGCUUGAGAAGUAUCAGACAACCAGAUGCAGGGAUGAGAUAUAUAGCAGAC